CGGCGACGUCCGCCGCUCUCAGUAGUGGCGAGCAGCAGCACAGCAGCAGCCAUCGGCCGGCGAACCCUCCCAGCAUGGCGGCUGCGGCGGCGGCGUCGCGGCCCAGCCAGCGGCGGCAGCAGGGCGCCGGAUGCGGGAAUACGAUGUGCCUGAAGAGCCGGCGAAGGUCGUCGUCGUCGCCUGUGCUCGUGGUGGUGCGUGUGUGAGUGCCUUGGAUUACGCUGCCCGCGCCGACCGUGCCCGUGCGGUUCUGCGCGCGCUGAUCGGCGCCUCUGUAUGGUUCGGCGGGACUCCCCCACGCUGCCUGGUCGAGCAGGGACCCCCGGCCUGGCGCACGAGUCAGCGUUCGCCAUGAGCUCCAAGGAGGCGGCGUGCGCUCCGAUCCAGCUGGAGCCGGUGGACCUGUCGGUGAACAGCCGGAGUCGGUCGUCGGCGGCCUCCUCCGGCCGGGGGCUGCCGCUGGACGAGCAGCCGACGCCACCUUCGUCGCCGCCUUCCUCGGCACCUUCGCCGGACAUCAACAAUGACGUGGCGACACUGGCGCUAUUCACCUCGGCGGCGGCGGCAGCCCGGCGGUUGGAGGCCCCCGGCGACCUGCCCCGGACGUCACCUACGUUGGCCGGCAGCCUACAGGACCAGAUCCUGGCUUGCCGGACGACGAAUGCCCUCCUGAAAACCAUCGAGGAGGCCUCCCUUGUGCUGCAGCAGCAGCCUCCGUCGGCACCACUGACGCAGGCGCUGAGCAACGGCGCGGUGUCGUCACGUCUUUGGCCACCGCCGCCCGCCCCGGUCGCCGCGGACUCGGACUUGCUGCGGCGCCGUAAGGUGCACAAGUGCGACUUCGAGGGCUGCCAGAAGGUCUACACCAAGAGCUCCCACCUCAAGGCGCACAAGCGCACGCACACAGGCGAGAAGCCGUACAUGUGCACCUGGGAGGGCUGCACGUGGAAGUUCGCGCGGUCGGACGAGCUGACGCGCCAUUACCGCAAGCACACGGGCCAGAAGCCAUUCAAGUGCGACAAAUGCCAGCGCUCCUUCUCGCGCUCCGACCACCUGUCGCUGCACCAGAAGCGGCACUGACAUCCAUCAGAACUGGCCGGCUCCAGCGGAGGCCGUUGUCGCCACUUGCUCAACUUCCCUGGCGCCCGGACCCGCCGCUGCUGCCGGCAGCGCCCCCUACCUCCGCAGCCGAGAGAAGAGAGCCGUUCCUAAUAUAUUGCCCACACCAGAUACACACGAGCAUUUGUAUAUUACACAUGAUAGGACGAAGAGCACGAGGAGGAGGAGAACAAGAAGUCGCCGGCGAUCGCGGCCUCAGUGGGCGGCAGAGACUGCCUCCGCCUUGGACGUUUUGACGAACUGCUACUUCUUUUGUUCUUUUUUUUUAAUGUCCCCACACGCCUGUGGUCAGUGUGCUCAAAGGGACGCCUCGGUGCCCAGACAGUGCUCGAGCGCGUGUGUGUGUGCCCGCCGACUGAACUCUCUGCUGCCGCUCGUGAACCGCCUCGGCCAUCAGCGGGCGGCGCAUGUGAGCGCGCGCAUUACACACACACAUUACACACACCUUUUUUGUGCAUACAUACUUCACACAUACACUUCUUAACGCCUGCGUUGUCGGCUUGACAAAAAGCGCGCGGUGCUGACACGCAAGCAUUCUUUUCGUACAGUGAUGGUUUUUCGUUUGCCCUUCCUUUUGUUCUAUUUUGUUCUGGUGUGUGACGCUGUCCGAGGUUAUUACGUGUGGCGAAAUGGAGCGAUGUUCUCUAAGGCUGGCCUUUUCUCUCACAGUGACGCGAACGUCCGCUUUGGUACCGGACCGUUUGUAUUGGUGCUGUGAUCCAGCAGAUUGGAGGGGGGGGGGGAGGAGGGGGGGGGGAGUCUGUCUCCCCAUUUGUGUGAAACGGUUGUACCGCUGUGGUGUGCUAAAACUGCAGGCCUUGGACUGAUUCGCAAACUCUGACGGGCAGUGCGAGAUGGUUUAUAACACAACUGCAGAAUAUGACAAAAAAUUCUGUAACGGCUGACAUGAAGUGCGCCUCCAGAUCAUUAAGUUCAUGUUCAUUUCAUAUUCAGACGCUACAGGCGGGUGCUUCCGCAUACCGCCGGCCACCACACUACCGUUAACGUUGCGCUGUCUGCCUGCCAGCGAAACCACUCCGUGCGUAUUAGCUGGCGCGAAGCUAGCAGGUGUGCUAUACUCGGUUACAACCUAAAAAAAAAAAAAAAUGUCAGCUCCGCCCACAGCCAUCGCUCUCCCUCCCACAGGGAAUUUGCAUAAAUGCUCAUCCAAUAGCGCUUACUCGUUUUCGUGGCGUCAAGCACUUCCCGCCAAACGCUAUGUUUUAGAUAGUAACGAAGAACCUUUAACUUUCAGUAUGCCUAGUAUUUGCAUUAGCCAAGAAAAAGUAUUUACAGUUAGAGCGGAAACCAUCUAGCACGACUGUCUUUCACGGGUGAAGGGCAGACGCGGUUCUGUGGGGAGGUGGCAUUUCUUUCUUAGGUUGUAACUGAGCAUAGGCAGUCUGCUGCAGCUUCCUGUCGUUACGGAAUCCAUAAAAGAUUGCAUCACUUUCAUUCUGGCGCAAGCAAGACAUCGUGGUGAACCGGCCAUUUUCUGCGGAAUAUCUGGUGGCCAACGCCCGUUCGCGUUUGUUUUCGUUUCUCCAAGUACCGGCCCGUGCAGCUGGGAAUCGCAGGCCUUAUUCGUGUUGUCACUGCCGUGUGGUAGAAGGCCACCCUCCGUCGGUGACUUGCGUUGAAGGCGCCUGUAAAGCGAGCGCAUGCGCUGUUCUAGCCUCCUGCGUGCUUACAGUAUAGCGGCAGUACUUAGUCUCUGUGAUGCACCCGCUGUUGUUCACCGUGUCCAGCAAGCGUCCGUCCAAUCAAGGCGCAGCCUUCAGUGCUUGCUGUACUCGCCACGACCACCGUGCAGGCUUCAGCUUGGCGACGUCGCCGUUCUUACUAAUGCCCUCCUGUACUCAACUAAUGCCGCCUGCCUGUUGCCCUCUCUAAUUGUACAAACCCUGGUCUCCGACGUACUUGUGGAUGACGCAGGGGCCUGACUUUCGAUAUCGAAAAGAUCGCCCUUUGCGUGUCUCGUUGUUUCCAUGCCUGUCGAACCUGGACCUUUAAGCUCGCGACGGGUUGCUAAAUGCUCACCUCGCACUUUGCUGGAAGCGGCUACCUGACUGUUGUCUGAACGCGACCUUUGCCUGUUCGCUGUAUUAGUUGUUUGGCGCUUGAAGAACAUGCGUCCGGCUUCACUGUAGCCCAUCCGUGUUGUGUCCUGAUUAGACCAUGCUGUGCAAAUUUUGCAGGAACAAUUCGAAUAGGUGCAUUAAACUGGAAAGCUACUUCGUAGAUUGAAGGUGCCGUGAAGAAAAAAGAAAACUGUAUUUGAAGACAGCUGCUGUGCGGUUGUUGAGAGUCUACGGAAGUCUACGCGGUUGACAGCUUGUUCACAGCUUGCUUGUGCAACAAGAUUCUAUGGAGGCGUUUCGCGGGGCCGAAUCCUGUAGUGGUAUAGCAUCGGGACCAGCCGACACGCGAGGCGCCUGCAUCGAAGCCUCCGAGAUCUGCAGCACGCGCAGGGUCUGCCUUCACGCAGUGCUGGCGCGAACGAUGUGGGGACAUCGUCAAAAGGCGAGAGCUAUGCAUUGAUUCUCAACCCUGCUCCAUGGAUUGUAUGGUUGCUGAUGGUAAUUUUCUUGCCACAAAAGCAUACAUGCGGCCGCACGGCGCUGCCAUACGUGCCCCGCAUUUCUGAAACCUGUUGCGAAAGUAGCGUGGUUUUCAGUUGAACUUUCGCGCGAGGUACGAUUAAAAUAUGUUUUCCGAACCCAACCCUCUGCGGUGCUUACAGAUUCUGGGCGCUUUUUUAUUAGUCAUUGGGUGGCCUUAGCCACAUAUAGUAAGGAGAUUCCCGUCUGAAAUCUAACGAAGGCAUUAGUUUCCUCUUCUAUUUGUAGAGCCCGGCUAGAGGGUAUAUUGUUUGAAUGCCAGUGUCCGCCAUCACUAGUUUAUUCUUCAAAACUGCUUUGUAUAGCCACUUCUCAUUUCUCGCGAACGGACGAUAUUCCUCGUCCAUUUUGAGCCACAUGCUCUUUUGUGAUGGUUGCUCCAUGAUUCACAACAUUCCAUUCUGAACACAGCAAAAAUAGGGAAUGGGCGUCCGUAUGUUUUUUUUUUGUUUUUUUUUUUUUAAAGAAAGCACUUUCAAGCAAGCCGCGCUAAAAAGGUAAUCGGGACAACAGUCUAAAGUGAUCAGGGGCAAAAUGUCAUUAAUGGCUUUGGGCUAUGGACACGGUCAAGAAAUGCAGAUGUCUCCGCUUUUCAGUAUAGUUCAGUUCACCACGCUACUCUUUCUUCGAUUUUUUAAAAUUUUUUCCUUCGGCUGUCUGUGGCACGUUAUGACUCGUGAAAGAGAAUCAUCGAAGGCUAAUAACGUAAUGUGGUUGUCGAAUUUAUUCGUGGUAAGGUGUGGGAUUAAAGGAAUCAAGAGAUCAUAAGAAAGUACCACGUGGUCCUGGUGGAAAACCGAGCUACCGCUGGUGUCUCUUGCCGCCUUGCGGUCUUCCGAACACAAUUCGAUUCCAACUUCGGCACGUUUGCAGUUAUCUCGUUCCAAGCCCGUUCGUAACCGGAAGUAACGAAAUUGUUGGAGUAAACGCACGCCCUGCAUGAUGCACAUGCAGGACAUGCGAAAACCGAUCAGCCGCCUUCGCCACAUGUUCAUGGGCUGUCCCGGACCCAAAUAUCCCAGAAGCACAGGAAAGAAAGAAAGAACGGACGGGAUCAGGAAAAGUCGGGGGGAGGGGGAGGGGGGUCGUGCUGGCGGCCGUGUGUCCGGAGGGCCAGCGGAAGAUUCUGAACCAGGCGCAGACCGUAGAAAAAGCAAAGGCGACUGGCCAUCUGUAUUGACGUUGUCGUCUCUCUUCGCUACCUUCCAAGGGUGAAGACAACACUCCGGCUAUCGAAACAUUGUGCGUUUAUUUCUCGUGUCUCGUGCACCGCGCUUUGUGCGCUCGUUAAGAGAACUUAAGGGGUGGAGAUUCACCGGGAAACCCCGACUAUACGGUGUGUUUCAUCUCAUGUUGAACAUCAUUGUUCCUCUGUUCUCGACAUCCUUGCUCCAAUCCAUUGUAACGACAAUGGUAGUCUUGACCUGGCUCCUUCGCGUAGCAGAGAGCAAUUGGGUUGCUUACAAAAGGCUCGGAUGCGAAUUUCGAGCAUCUAUCUAUCUGUUAAACGAGUGCUAGUGUGAUGGAAGUUUAGUGGACGUGUGACCUCCUCGAAUCGAUCAGACUGAACAGUUGUCACAACGUUGAGCAAACAGACACAUUCGCGGUGCCCGAGUUUGGUUUUCGAGUGCUGCUCCGUAACUUCUGCUCUUGUUUUACGUCAGCUUUCGUGGAUUUAAGCCCUUCGAAAUGCGUUAGCUAGCCCAGUAUUCAAUCCUUUUGCAGUAGUAGCCCGUAUUUCCAUAACAGCGACACCGAUUUGUUUAAGCUUUAGCUUUUUCCGGGGCCACCGCAGCGAGUUUUAGGGCUCAAGUCGAGCAACUAGAGUUUUAAACGUCCUAAUAAUUUCGGUGUUCUUACGCACCAAAACCGUGAUACGAUGAUGAGGUACACCGUACUGGGGAUUCCGGGUUUAUCUUGACCACCACGAGUUCUUUUACGAUACUCGGCUGCUGACCCGAAGGUCGCGAGUCCGAUCCCCGCCGCGGCUGUCGCACUUCGAUGGAGGCGAAAAUGUUAGAGACCCGUGUACUUAGAUUUAGUUUCAUGUUAAAGAAACCUCAGGUGGUCGAAACUUCCGGAGCCCUCCACCGCGGCGUGCCUUAUAAUCAAAUAUCAUUAUUUUGGCACGUAAAACCCCAGUUAUUAUUAUUAUUACCGCGGGUUCUUUAACGAGUUUUAAGCUGUCCAUGUGAAGUAUUGCAGUUUGGUGAUGGCGUCUUGUAGGGAUAUUGAUGUCACGUUUGAAUUCGUGAGCACCGUACACGUACGUAUUAUCGAUACCGCCUUAUCUGGAUGGAGCAGCCUAACGUUAGCGCACGUGUCAUGGGAGUAUCCCGGCGGGUCCGAUUUGUUUAACCCCUUCCCCUAAAUUUUUAAAGUUUGAAUGUGUAUAUAUGCACGAACAUACAUGUACGGGGGUCGAACCGCCCUCACCCCCCUACAUUGUAAUAUCCUGGAUACGCCCCUGGACGGGACACUACAUCGUCCACUAUUACAGUAACUCUACAGCAGCGUCACUUGCGGUUCCAUGUCAUCUUGUGACGUUGUAUUGGACCAAGAGGUGAAAAAUUCAGGAACACGGGGUGUCGUUGGAGCCGACGUUUCGACAAGCGGACCUGUCUUCUUCAAGGCUGCAACAUCUUCUGUAGCAUUUAUAGGGCAGGCUGUUUGGAACUCUGAUUGUGUUGUGCGGCUGUGUGCUCUUGUAUGCGACGUAAAGUUUCCAAACUUGCACCGUAGAAAAGACUAACGCGACGUAAGAACGUUGUACAACAUUCUGAAUGAACUUGCAGUAUGGCGCAACCGGCGCUCUUGUUUGUGUGCCCGUUUCGGUAUUUCUUUGGAACAGUAUAAGGAAUUGUAAUAGUAUAAUACAUGCGAGGUUCCAUUCUACGUCGCCGCUGUGCUGGAGUAGUGCCUUCGCAUGCAGGGACACUCGGGUGGGCUUUCUCUACUGCGCACGAGCAGGGCCGUUUCUCUGGCCUAGUGCUUGCUUCGCUUAAUUCCGUGUACAAGCUGUCUAUUGCUGAGGUUGUUACCAUUUUUCCCCGACUUCGGGAGGCCCACACCGUCGCUCCUUCGUGACACAACCGCUUCUGCGCAGAUUGUUUUUGUCCGGUAUGGGUGCACACCGAAGGCGUACUCGAGAUAUGUGAAUGGAUUUAACACUGUUGUUUCGCUGUUCGUCUAGUAGUGGUUGUUAUCGGCGGCGGCGUUACUUUGGAAUGUCUUCUGUAGCAUCGAGUGCUCUGUUGCUCUCGAUCUAUGUGCUCACACCUACAAUGAACUGUUGUCGACGCAGAGAAAUGUGUCGCCGAAAACGUCACGAGAAGUGUAGAUACAAUCCAAGGUCGUAAUAUAUAUAUAUAUAUGUAUACAUACCGCAUACACAUGUUUUAAGCGUGUUCUGAGCUGACGAGCACGUAAUAAUGUACGUGCGUAAUCUCGGAAAUCAAGACGAUAGUGACCGGCGAACACGCCCAGCGAUACUUCCGGCGUGGAUGCAUUGUUUCUUUUUUUAAAGCCUAUAGCUGUUCCGCCUUCUUUUUCUUUCUACGCGAUACCGAACAAAACAAAAAGACAAGUGUCUCCUUGUGGGAGGCAUAAACAACUUUUUGUUGCUCAAUCACGUGUUCGUUUCGGAAGGCGGCCAGCCUUGCUUAAAACACACUCGGAACGUUGUUUGGUGGUCUCGCCGUGUCCCCGCCCCCCUUUCGAUGGUUGGGUUGUACGUAUUUUUUUUUCUUGCCGCGUAGCCAUUGGUGGGAGUUUUAGCUCUGACUUUUACGGAAUACCGAAGCCGCGGAACGUUGAUGGCAGCGCCACGUCUUGACGGUGAGCUCAAUCAGACCACGAACAAGUAAAAGUGCAAGAACAAUGUCCUUGAUUGCUGCUGCGGAAUGAAGUCAUCGGGGUCCAACUAACUCUAAAAAAGAAGAAAAAUACAUAGUUUUAUGAAAGGGACGCAAGAUGUUGCUAUCAGCGCUGCUGCCAUCAGAUGUUUGCUUAUUCCGUAAACGAGACUGCGAUAUGCUUGCGAUAGAGAGUUCCAACCUUUCCCUAAGCGUGAUGUAGUUUACGGACUGCCUGGUUUAUAAGGACGUUUCUGUCAGCGUUGGUGGCGGCAUCUUUUGCUGCGUAAUUAAGUACACGGGACACUCAGCUUUUUGCUGGUUAGCCGCAUUCUGCUGACCUGUUGGUCUGAAAUGACGGCAUAAGCAUAUUAACGUACAGUCUUCAAACGUUUCUGCGAAGGCGACAGAUAUAACACAACACCCAAGGACCAAAACGUUUCUAACGCGUUGUGAUUGAACAAGGCGACGCAAGGUGUCCCCAACGGCGUUGACACAACCGGCGGCCCGGUAUUCCGUAAAAAAAAAAAAAAAAGGUUAGAUUUUUUUUUUUUUACAGGCUAGCUAACGCUCUUUGGUGUCGCCGUCCCGGCCACCACUUUGAAUGGGUGCCUUGGCCGUUGUUCCUUGCGCGCGCUAUCGGGGCACUUUGCCGUUGAAGAGCGCGCCGCGACUUGUAUCGCGUGCCUCGCCUAUGGAAGAUGGGAUGUCGUCACCUGAGGGUUCUGCUCACACUGUGAUUCCUCGAGCAAAACUCGACGCGGAUAUUAUUUUUCCUACAAUAAAUAUUGUGCAAAGAAGAA